AUGACUGUGUUUGGUAGGAUGCUAGAUGAUGAUGAACAUAUACAAAUGAAUUGGUUGUAUGAUUAUAGGCUCGAGUUGAUGAGGACACACACCAAAUCCACGGUGAGGUUCAGAUGCAAUGUAGGUGUGUUUGAGGCUAUGCAUAUUUGCUUAUCUUCACUACGGGCUGGGUUCCUAGCAGGAUGUAAGCAUAUCAAAUCAAUCGAUGGAUGCUUUCUGAAGGGGCUCUUUGGAGGACAAUUACAGACUACAGUUGGAAUAGAUGCAAAUGAUUGCAUCUAUCCAGUGGCUUGGCCAGUGGUUAACGGGGAGAAAUAUGAGAAUUGGAAAUGGUUUUUGGAGCUACUAGAUGGAGAUUUAGAGAUAACAAACAACCAUCAGUGGGCAGUCAUGAGUGAUAGGCAAAAAAAGGAAUUCAAGGGAAAAGGUCUUAAGGAUCAAUUGUGGAAUUGUGCUAGGUCUUGUUGCAUCCCUUCUUAUGGCCAAGCAAUGGAAGUACUGAAGGAUAGAAGAUGGCGAUUAACUGGCAUCCCUUGCUGCCCUGCAAUUUCAGCCUUGUAUUAUAAUAAAGAUAAGCCUGAGGACUACAUAAAUGAAUGUUAUAAGGUGAGCACCUUCUUGGCAAUAUAUAGCCAUAUUUUACACCCAACACGCGAUAAGAAUUGCUGGCAAAAAAGUGACCAAGACCCAAUUAUUCCACAUGAGCCUGCAAACAAAAACAGAGCCAGGAAACCCUUGCUUAGGAGAAAGGAAGUAGAUGAUGAGAACACUGGCUUAACAAGAGGAAAGGGAAAGAAUAAAAAGGACAGUGGACAGAAAAAUGGACAAUCUAGUAGGCUGGCCAUGGCUAAUGAGGAUGAUAGCAAUGACCAAGAUCCCAUGGACACAUUUGAUCCACAGAUUCUGUGGGAUUAUUUUAAACAGGAAGAAGAAGUAUUUGUUAGGGCCACUCACCAUGGAGAUGACAUUGCUCCCACACCAUUAUCUCGAAGGAAAGAUGAGAGGCCAACCUCUUCAAGGCGCAUUCAACGUUGUUUGCCAUCUAACAGCCCAACCUGUGCACACACUUCUCACUACCGUUCAUGCCCCUUCAACAGGCGACGACGUCACUGCAUGUCUGUUGCAGGCGUUCGAAAUUUGACAAAAGAGUUCCCUCGCCUUGUUGCUUGUGUCGAAGCAUCAGAAGGAUAA